AUGACGAAGAUCAUCCGUUCAAUAUGGAUUGACGAAAGGAUACCUGACUCGUGGAGACACGCUAUUAUAAUUCCUCUCCACAAGAAGCCAUCUGUCACGAACCCUAGGGAUUAUCUAGGAAUCUCUCAGCUGCAUGUUAUGUACAAGGUUUUGGAGCGGAUUAUCCUGGACCGACUUACUAAGCAUCAAGACGAAACAACGCGUGACGAGCAAGCUGGCUUUCGCCCUGGUCGAUCGACGAUUAAUCGGGUGUUUAUUGCGAGGAGAGUGAUUGAAAUGUGGCAGCGGUAUUCGAAGCCUCCAGAGUUAGUUUUUUUUUACUUCGAAGCUGCUUUCAACUCUAAUCACGGAGGCCGUCUUCAUAAUGUGCUUCGCGCCGAUGGAGUUCUAGGAAAAUUUGUACGCCUUAUAAACGACAUGAACAGAAGAACAACUGUUGCGGAUCGAACACCAGCUGGAUGUACUACACCGUUCGAAGUGGAAUUUGAAGUGAGAUAA